CCUGCACGGCCGCCGAGCCCCCGUCACUGCUGGUUCGUGGCCGCGGCACGUCAGGGUCACCGGCCCGGCGCCCCAUUCCUCGCGUCCGGACGAGCGGGCGGGGCUGCUACGGCCGACGGCCACCACUGGCUCGGCGUCGCCUUAUCGUCAGGACACCAUCAUUAGCCGCAUCUAAUCGCGAGAUUACCCUCCACCCUCUUUUCCUUUGAUGGCCUAAUCAUUAGCGCCCCAAAAGCCGCGCUGCGAGGAUCCUGGUGUUUGGUGUGGCUGGGAGCUCGUCGCCUCGUCGGAACUCGGGGCGUGGCGUGGCGUGGUGGCGUGCGUGCGCGCCCGCCCGUCGCGGUGGUAAAGCCGGGGUUCUUUUCUGCGGGCGGGCGGUCGCCAUGUACGCCGGCCCGUGAUUACUGCGAGCCGGAGUACCAGUAGACAGGGUUACUACUUACUGGUGCUGCGCCAGCCGCCAGGCUUUGGUGGUGGUAGAGCGGCGCGGUUGGGGAAGAGGAGGAGGAUCGGCGGGGGAGGAGGAGGGCGGAGAUGAGGAUGAAGACGCUGGCGUGCUGCCGGCGGCGGCCGCAGGACUUCAGCAUCGACAUGGACCAGGAGCCCGACAGGGUGAUGACAUAUAAUGGCCUCGAGACCUGCAUUAUCAAUAGUUCAGCCUAUGAUGAUGAUAGUGGCGUUAGUGCAACAACAGGUGGAGAUGGCUGUGUCACCAAUGAUUCCCUUGAUGAUGAAGUCUCAAGUUGCUCUAGUAAAGAUGCUUCCGGUUCUUCCUUCUCUUCAAACUGCCUUAGCAAGCAGGAGGAGCAUUCGCUUGAUGAGUUGGGUACACCCAUCGCAGUUCAUCUACUCCCUUUCAAAGGGAAGGAACCAAUCACAUACACGUUGAGUGCUUCAGAUAUUGAAAACAUGAAGGAAAAAUUUGCAAAGCUAUUGCUCGGUGAUGAUACUUCAGGAGGAGCGAGGGGCGUUUGUACUGCUCUGGCCUUGUCCAAUGGCAUAAUCAAUCUCUCAGCAACUGUUUUUGGAGAACUUUGGAAACUGGAACCAUUGUGUGAAGAGAAAAAGAUCAGAUGGAGAAAAGAAAUGGACUGGUUGCUGUCUCCUACAACUUACAUGGUGGAGCUGGUUCCGACUAAACAAAGUGGGGCAGAUGGAUGCACAUUUGAGAUUAUGACUCCAAAGGCCCGUUCAGAUGUUCAUGUGAACCUUCCUGCUCUUCAGAAGCUUGAUGCGAUGCUCAUUGAAGUGAUGGACUCAAUGAUAGAUACGGAGUUCUGGUAUGAGGAGAGUGGUAGUAGAGCUGAUGGACGGGGGAAAAUAACUGGUCCAAGGAAGAGCAAAAAGUGGUGGCUCCCAUCUCCUCGUGUCCCUGAGCAAGGGCUAUCUCAAUUUCAGCGAAAAAGGCUUGUUUUUCAGGCUAAGCUUGUUCAUCAGAUACUCAAAGCUGCAAAAUCCAUCAAUGAUCAAGUCCUAUUCCAUAUGCCUAUUCCUGCAGCUGUUUUGGAUGCACUCCCAAAGUCUGGGAGAGCUAGCUUAGGCGAAGAUUUGUAUCAAGCUAUAACCACGGAGUAUAUUCCUAUAGAGGAAAUCUUUGUUUCGCUCAGUUUGAAAACUGAGCAUAGCGUGCUUGAGACUAUAAACCGGUUGGAGGGUGCCGUGUUUGCAUGGAACCAAAGGAUUUUAGAGGAAAAAAGCAAGAGGUCACCAGGACGGCAUUCCUGGAACUUCAUGAAGGACAGUUCCUCAGAACUCGACAAGAUGUCUGCGUGCAGCGAAAGGGCUGACACUCUUGUGCAGCUUCUGAAAUCCAGAUUUCCCAACCUGCCUCCAACGUUUAUAGAUGUUUUGAAGGUCCAAUACAACGUGGACGUGGGGCAUGGCAUUGUGGAGGCCUACUCUAGGGUCCUUGUCGGUGUCGCGUUCAGCAUACUGUCCCGGGUGGCGGAGAUACUGCUGGAGGACGACCUGGUGAAGAAGCCCAACACCCCGAUGGCGACGCUGAAGUUCGACCUCUCCUCCGACGUGUACCUGGCGGGCAUCACGGAGACGCCGCCGGGCCACAUCCGGCGGUCCCUCAUGGACCAGAUCCGCAUGGUCGACGGCCGCCUUGACGCCGCCGUCGUCAAGAAGAAAGGGGCAAAGCAGCUGCGGUGGUGAGGGCGCGGGCGCCGCCGGGCCGGCCGUUGUGAAUCUUUUGGCGAUGUGUACAGGGUGGCGAUGCGGGGCCCAGUUGUCCGCUCCACAAGAGUUUGUUUACCUUACUACUAGUACUAAUAGCGUACUCCGGGUUAUAGUGUGUUCGACGUGUUUGGCGACUGAUGAUGAGUUUAUAGUGCACUGUGUAAGAGCAGCGUUGGCCAAAUGUCGCGGUCUCCGGGUGUGUUGCUGUUGCGUCUGGUCUGGUCUGGACAAAUGUGGCGCCCUUGCCGUCAGCCCUGUGCGUUCCUUGC